CCCUCCGACUCGCCGGGCGGGAAGGUGAGCUAAGCGUCCGCUUUGGCGGUGUUCUUGCGGGCUCCGGUGAGCCUGGCGUCCGGGCUCCGGCAUUUUUGGGGCCAUUUAAACAGUUCUGAGUCCUCAGUUGGGAAGUAACAUCCCUUUUUAAAGUGAGAAGUUUCAUGACAUUUUACUGUCUGCGGUCUGUGUCGUGCAACCUACAUCCGGAAAACCCCUCCUAGCUGCCGCGUGUCAGCUGGCGCGUCUUAGUCAAAUUGCAGUUCUUAGGGUAUAGGGCAGACAAAGGAAAGCCCGGAUGGCAUCAUUGCCAAGAAGAGCAAAAGCAAAGGUCCAGACAGCAGUCUCCAAAGAUGAAUUUUCUUUCUUCUCUGAGUUAUCAUCGGCCUCUGAAGAAGAUGACAGGGAAGAUAGUGCUUGGGAACCCCAGAAGAAAGUCCCGAGAAGUCUUAAACGGCCUGUCCCCAAGGAAUCCAAACCGAGGAAGGCACCGCGGGUGAAGAAGAACAAGCCACAGAUGAGUGAUGGCUUGGGAGGCAUGACUGUUAAGGAAGAGCUGGAUGAUUCUGUGGCUAUUGAUGAUGUUGUUUUGGAAGACAGAAAAAAUAAAUUAGAUACUGUGCAGACUCUGAAAACAGCAAAGAGAAAACAGAAAAAUCCAACUCAGUCACCUUCAGCUCAGAGGACCAAAAGGCUCAAAGUGGAUGAAGAAACCAACAAAGCCAGCAACUUCAAGAGUGAGAAUGACAGUACAGAGAUACCAUCCACAAGCACCAUGUGGGAAGUGGCGUGCAAAAAGGAAGGGGAUGAAGAAGACUAUACCUGUGAUCAAUUCCCUUUAAAGAAAAUAAAGACUGAAACAUGUCCCCAGGGGCAGCCUGUCAGGUUGCUGCCAAAUUCCAAGAAUACUGUAGAGGAUGUUGAAAUGAACUGGGAUAUAGUACAGGUUUUAUCUGAGAGAACUAAUAUUGAACCUUGGGUUUGUGCCAACAUCAUUCGUCUCUUUAAUGAUGAUAACACAAUUCCCUUCAUUAUACGUUAUCGAAAAGAACUCAUUAAUAACCUUGAUGCUGAUUCCUUGAGAGAAGUUCAACAAACCCUGGAGGAGCUACGGACUGUGGCAAAGAAGGUUCAUAGUACAAUCCAGAAAAUUAAGAAGGAGGGGAAGAUGACUGAAUGCUUGUUAAAAGCAUUGCUGAACUGUAAAACUUUUGAAGAACUAGAACAUGUGUCAACCCCUUAUAAAACUGGGAGCAAAGGCACCAAAGCCCAGAGAGCAAGGCAGUUGGGAUUAGAAGGAGCAGCCAGGACACUGCUCGAGAAUCCAGGGGAGCUCAAUCUGCUGUCUUACAUUCAACCCAAUGCCAAAGGGCUUUCAACACUCAAGGAUAUUGAAACAGGAGUGCAGCAUAUUUUAGCAGACAUGAUUGCUAAAGACAGAGACACACUUGACUUCGUUCGGAAAUCGUGCCAAAAUGCACAUAUUUGUAUCCAGUCAUCUUUGACAAAAACGUCCUUUAAAAAAGCAAAUGAGAAAGAUGUUGAUAAGUUUAUACUCUACCAGAAUUUUUCAUGCAACAUAAGUAGCAUUCAACAUCAUCAGGUUCUGGCAAUUAACCGCGGAGAAAAUUUGAAGAUACUGACAGUCAAGGUCAACAUUCCUGAUAGAGUUAAAGAUCAGUUUUGUAGAUGGUGCAUCCAAAACAGGUGGAGACCACGUAGCUUUGCAAGGCCGGAGUUAAUGGAGAUUUUACAGAAUUCACUAACUGAUUCCUUUAAACGCCUCAUUUAUCCUCUCCUUUGUAGAGAGCUCAGAGGCAAACUAACAUCAGAUGCAGAGAAGGAAUCCGUAAUGAUGUUUGGACGGAACCUCCGUCAGCUUCUUUUAACAAGCCCUGUUCCAGGGCGCAUUUUGAUGGGAGUGGAUCCUGGUUACAAACAUGGUUGCAAGUUAGCUAUAAUUUCUCCUACCAGUCAGAUACUUCAUACCGAUGUGGUUUACUUGCAUUGUGGACAAGGCUUCCGAGAGGCAGAGAAAAUCAAGAGGCUUUUGCUGAAAUUCAACUGCAGCACAGUGGUGAUUGGAAAUGGAACUGCCUGCCGGGAAACAGAAGCUUAUUUUGCUGACCUGAUAAUGAAAAAUUACUUUGCACCAUUGGAUGUUGUUUACUGUAUCGUCAGUGAAGCAGGAGCAUCCAUCUACAGUGUAAGCCCUGAAGCCAACAAAGAGAUGCCAGGACUGGACCCUAAUUUGAGAAGUGCAGUUUCCAUAGCAAGGCGUGUACAAGAUCCAUUAGCUGAGCUGGUGAAAAUCGAGCCAAAGCACAUUGGAGUUGGAAUGUAUCAGCACGAUGUGUCCCAGACUUUACUCAAGGCAACACUGGACAGUGUUGUAGAAGAAUGUGUCAGCUUCGUGGGAGUGGAUAUUAACAUCUGUUCAGAAGUUUUGUUAAGGCACAUUGCCGGACUCAAUGCCAACCGAGCCAAAAAUAUUAUUGAAUGGCGAGAGGAGAAUGGGCCCUUCAUCAACCGAGAACAGCUGAAAAAAGUAAAAGGACUGGGUCCAAAGUCUUUCCAGCAGUGUGCUGGCUUCAUCAGAAUCAAUCAGGACUAUAUUCGAACGUUUUGCAGUCAGCACAAUGAAUCUGCAGGCCCGAUUCAGGGAGUUGCUGUGACAGCUCCAGCAGGUGUUGAGGUAACAAACGAGAAGCAAGGCAAGAAGAAGAGCAAAACCGCAGUGACUGCUGUACUGAAGCCAAAUCCUUUGGACCAAACGUGUAUUCAUCCGGAAUCAUAUGACAUAGCGAAGAGGUUUUUAUCAUUCAUUGGAGAAACACUGUGUGAGAUUGGAAAGCCUGAAAUGCAACAAAAAAUAAAUUUAUUCCUUCAGAAGGAAGGAAUAAAGAAAAUUGCAGAAAGAUUGCAAACAGCAGUACCCACCUUACAGAUCAUCAUAGAUGGUCUCAGCCAGCCCGAAAGCUUUGACUUUCGAACAGAUUUUGAUAAGCCUGAUUUCAAGAGAAGCAUAGUCUGCUUGGAGGACCUGCAGGUUGGGACAGUUCUUACAGGCAGAGUCGAGAAUGCCACUUUGUUUGGAAUUUUUGUGGAUAUAGGAGUGGGGAAAGCAGGGCUGAUUCCCAUACGAAAUGUAACACAAGCCAAACUCUCUAAAACCAAGAAGAGAAGGAGCCUCCAGCUGGGCCCUGGAGAGAAAGUGGAAGUGCAAGUGCUCAACAUUGAUAUUCCCCGAUCUAGGAUCACGCUGGACCUCAUUCGGGUGUUGUAAGUGUCCCACCGAAAGCCAAACACUUAUUUUAUGGUCCCGUUUCUGCAGCUUGGCAAGAGUAAGUCCGAUGUUUCUGAAUUCUAGAUAGCUGAGGAGAAACAAUUCACUUGCUAUCAGAAGUGUUUUCCAAACACUUUCCUAAUUUUCCUUCUGAAUAAAUAGAAAACUAACGGUUUGAUUUCUUUUCCCCUAAAGAAAACAACCAAUAGGCACCUUUGUGUGGCUUUCUGUAGUAAUUAUUUUGUGAUCAAAAUUUUAUUUUUUUUGUAAUUCUUCUGUGACUCCUUUUGCAUUUUGUAUGACAGAUCACUUCACUUCUACUUGCCAACUUGUCUUGCUGGACUUGUUUAGAAUCGUCUUGAUUUUAAGUGUACAAUGUUUCUUGACAGAGUAGGGCUGGCAGUGUUUAAUGCUCCCUUUUUUAUACACUUUUAAAAUCAGGCCUUUUGGAUUUGGUUCGUGAUUUUUCCCUUGCCA